AUGUUGGUGAUGCCCACCAUGUUGGACCGGGUGAUACUUGGGAUGGAUUUCCUCAAAGCAGCCGGGACGCGCGUGCGAUGUGGGCAGGCCACCCUCGAAUUGCGAUCUGAACCCCAAGCAAGAGGGGAUCCUUUGUUACAACCAGUGCUCAUACCUCCGAGGGACGAUCGAGAAAGAGCGGUACACUCUGACAAGUUUAGGGUCCAAUUGGGGACUGCCAGACAAGGAGGAACAGAGGUUCUUAGCCCUACGCCUACGUGGAACGCGGCCACGACAAAAGACACUGGGAAAACUGCUAGGACGGAGGCGGAGGACCACGACAAAGGGCGACGGAUUGCGCCAUUGAGUCCGAGGCAACAAGGCUUCCUCGAACAAGAGUUAGCUUUGUUCGAGAGCCUCCAGGGAGUAUCUCAGAUCGCCGAGCAUCGCAUCGUCAUGAGCGACGAUAAGCCCUUAAAGCAAAGGUAUUAUCCCAGGAACCCCGCGAUGCAACACGUCAUCGAUACCCAAGUAGAUGAACUGCUCCGUGCAGGAGCCAUCGAGCCUUCCAGGAGCCCACAUAGCGCACCGAUCGUGUUGGUGAAGAAAAAGGGGGGGUUGAACGCACACUCAGUGCCCGACGCCUACCCUGUCCCGAGGAUCAAUCACAUCCUGGAGAAGUUGCGUCACGCCCGGUAUAUCUCCACGUUGGAUUUGAAAAACGGCUAUUGGCAAAUACCCAUGGCCAAGGAUAGUCGUCAAUACACGGCCUUUACGGUUCCAGGACGGGGACUAUAUCAAUGGAAGGUCAUGCCCUUUGGCCUGCACUCCGCCAGCGCAACGUUCCAACGUGCUCUGGACAGUGUGAUUGGGGCGGAGAUGGAGCCGGUUGCCUUUGCCUACUUAGAUGACAUCAUUGUCGUUAGCGCUACGGAGGAGCAGCACCUCGCACACCUCGCCGAAGUGUUUCGCAGAUUACGGGCGGCAAAUUUGAGGAUAAAUCCAAGGAAAUGUACAUUCUUCAAACAGAAACUGGUUUAUCUCGGUCACGUGAUCAGCGGCGAAGGGAUUCAGACUGACCCUGAGAAGGUGUCUGCGAUCAACGGGCUGAAGAUCCCCACCAAUCUGAAGGAACUACGCCAAUGGAUCGGGAUGGCAUCCUGGUACCGGAGAUUCGUCCCGGGCUUCGCGACCAUCGUGCAACCGGUGACCGCAUUGCUGAAGAAAGGCCGGAAGUGGACUUGGGGACCGGAACAGCAAACCGCCUUGGAUGAGAUUAGAAGAUGCCUGACCACCGCCCCCGUGUUGGGUUGUCCGGAUUUCGACCGGAAGUUUGUCUUACAGACUGAUGCGAGUGACAUAGGCUUGGGAGCGGUGUUAUCUCAGGACGUCGAGGGCCAAGAGAAGCCCUGUGAGGUACUUCAAGGCGCUAUCGAGCUCAAGGACCACUGCGAAUGGAUCAGGAAGAUGAAAGACAAGGUACGCGACGAGCCUGAGAAGUUCUCUGACUACAUGAUGGAGAACGGUCAGCUCUAUAGGAACAUGGGUUACCGAGCAGACGACGAGGACUACUUCCCGUGGAAACUCUGUGUACCCACUUCCUGUAGAGCCCGCGUCUUAUACGAAUGUCAUGAUUCCCCAACCGCAGGACACUUGGGUGUCCGAAAGACGAUCACCCGCCUGUCGCAAAGAUAUUUCUGGCCCGGCAUGUACCGCGAUGCAAAACAACACGUUCGGCACUGCGAGUCGUGCCAGAAAUUUAAGACCGUUCAGACCAAAGCAGCAGGGAAAAUGCUUACCCGUGUCGUAAGCGAACCCUUCGACAUUCUCUGCGCUGACUUUGUAGGUCCGCUGCCCCGAUCGAAACAAGGGAACUCGAUGCUUCUCGUUUUCCAUGACGUGUUCUCCAAAUGGGUAGAGUUGAUCCCACUCCGGAAAGCCACCGCUGCGGCAGUCCAGAAAGCGUUUAGGGAACGUAUACUCGGGCGAGUGGGCACUCCCCGGAAGUUCGUGUGCGACAACGGAACCCAAUUCACAAGUCGGGCCCUAAAAGACUACUUUGCUAAGCUCGGCGUGGAAGUCCAGUACACGGCUCCGUAUUGUCCGCAGGAGAAUCCCACCGAGAGGACCAAUCGCACGGUGAAGACGCUGAUUUCUCAGCUGUCGGAAGGAGACCAGAGUACGUGGGAUAAUAUGCUGCCGGAGAUUUCCCUCGCUAUUAAUAGUAGUGUAUCGGACUCGACUGGGUAUACUCCCGCAUUUCUAACUCAGGGACGGGAGCUACGCUUGCCUGCGAUGCUGUAUGACGAACUCACCCCUGGAUCAGCGGUCGCGCAUACAGGUCCUGAAGACAAGGCGUCACACCUCCAAGGGAUCUUCGACAUCGUGCGGUCGAAUCUGCAACGAGCAUCUCUGGAGCAGGCGAGGCACUAUAACCUUCGGAGGCGCGAAUGGAGACCAACGCUCGGGAGCCAAGUAUGGCUGCGACAACAUCCCUUAUCAAAAGCGACCGAGGGGUUCGCCGCCAAACUCGCUCCUAAGUAUGACGGUCCCUACACCGUCGCGAAGUUCACAUCGCCGAACUUGAUGGACGACGUAAUCAUGCUGUCCGAUGACUCCCAAGACACCGAGGCCUUCUAUCCACGGGCAAACGACGGGGAUAGUCAAAGCGAUGGACGCCUCUAUAUUGCGCCGCGGGAAGAAAGGGGGGGGUGUGACGAACCCGCCUAG